AUGGAACUAGCGCUGUCUCUAGGCGACAAUACUAACAAACAAUUCUCUUUUCUGGAGAAACCCUCGAAGAUUAAUAAUCCCUCAGCCUCAUCGACUUCAACUUCCGACAAGGAUCUUAGGUUCUGCAUAGGUUUCGGUGGCCAUAGAUCGUUGUCUUCCUCUUCGUCUCCGUCGGUAGAAGAUGAAAAGAAGAAGCCGGCGCCGAGAGCAACCGAACCUAACAACAGGUUUAGGGUUUCGUCAUCCAUAGAUCCGCCUUUACAGCUUCAACUUCACUUCCCUAAUUGGCUCCCGGAGAACAGUCGACAAGGAGGAAGAGUUCUCACCGGAGUAGCUACGGAGGAAGAGGAGGAGGUGCCUAGCAUGUCAAUAUCGCCGCCCGAUAGUGUAACGUCAUCGUUUCAAUUGGAUUUUGGGAUUAAGAGUUAUGGUUAUGAGAGAAGAAGCAAUAAGAGAGAUCUUGAUGAUGAAGUAGAGAGAUCUGCUUCAAGAGCUAGCAACGAAGACAAUGAUGAUGAAAACGGAUCAACAAGAAAGAAACUAAGACUCUCUAAAGACCAAUCUGCUUUUCUUGAAGACAGCUUCAAAGAACAUAGCACCCUUAAUCCUAAGCAGAAGAUUGCGUUGGCGAAGCAGUUGAAUCUUCGUCCUCGUCAGGUUGAAGUUUGGUUUCAAAACAGACGAGCCAGAACAAAGCUGAAGCAAACGGAAGUGGACUGUGAAUACCUAAAGAGAUGUUGUGAGUCACUAACCGAAGAAAACCGGAGGCUUCAAAAAGAGGUUAAAGAAUUGAGAGCCUUGAAGUCUUCUUCCUCACCGUUCUACAUGCAACUUCCGGCCACCACUCUCACUAUGUGCCCUUCUUGCGAACGUGUUGCCACCUCAGCAGCAUUGCCCUCCACGUCAGCUGUUCACAACCUUGGUUUGUCCACGCCAUCGAUGCGCGGUACUUUGAUUCCGGUUAAGCCUCGACCGGCCAAACAAGUUUCGUGA